UAGUCUAAUAUUGAUCUUAGCGAAAUCAACGGGGGGAGGGCGGGAAGAUGGCGGUGUCGUUUUAGGUGUUGAUUGAAUGAUCGCGGGGGUUUUCCUCUUCGUCAGUUAGCGGCGCUAUGUCGGACUCCGAGGAGGAGGAAUGCUCUGACCGGCAGCUAAAGUUCGUGGUGUUGGGCGAUGGCACCUCCGGCAAGACCUCCUUAGCCACACGUUUUGCUCAAGAAGCUUUUGGGAAGCAGUACAAACAAACCAUAGGACUUGACUUCUUCUUGAAAAGAAUAACUCUCCCAGGAAAUGUAAAUGUUACUGUUCAAGUAUGGGAUAUUGGAGGCCAAACAAUAGGAGGCAAGAUGCUGGAUAAAUAUGUCUAUGGUGCACAGGCUGUUCUUCUGGUAUAUGAUAUCACUAACCAACAGAGCUUUGAAAAUUUAGAAGAUUGGUAUAAUGUUGUAAAGAAGGUCAAUGAAGAGUCAGAAACUGAGCCACAUGUGGCCUUGGUUGGCAAUAAAAUUGAUUUAGAGCAUCUGCGUGCAGUAAAAGUUGAUAAACAUCUUCGAUUUUGCCAAGAAAACCAUUCUAGCAGCCAUUUUGUGUCAGCCAAGACAGGUGAUUCUGUCUUCCUGUGUUUUCAAAGAACUGCAGCUGAUCUACUUGAUGUCAAAUUAAACAAAGCUGAAAUGGAACAAUCUCAGCAUGUUGUCAGGGCAGAACUAGUGAAAUAUCCUGAAGAAGAUAAUCAACAAAACAGGACUGCCAAUUGCCAGAGUAAAGUCUGCUCAGUGCAGUAGUUCAGGUAGUAUAGUGGAAUAAUUUAGUGCUUUCAAAAAUAUAGUGAUGAAACUGUAUGCUAUUUACAUGUGUAGACUUGCAAGGAAAUGCAAUUCUAAUACAGUACUCUAAUCCUGUAAGAGUUAGGGUCAUUAACACCAAAUACUUCAUUUCAGUAGGACACAGGUUGGAUGAACACAUAGUAUUUCUGCUAUAGCAUCUCUGUAGUAGAUUGGAAGCCCCUUUGGUAUUCUAUAGUGUCAUAGAUAGCUUUCACAGGGAGACAGUUUUGGAACGAGGGGCUGAAAAAACAAUCUUCUUAUGAAAAGCUUGUUUGUUUUAAAGCUAGAGCAAAAUGUUCAAAUGACAGUAAUCCACUGGUGUAGCUUAUUGAGGGGAAGGGAAUCAUUACAUUCUGUGCAAAGCAUUUUUGCUGAUGCAUCCUGAGACAAGUCCACAUCUUUUAAUGCUUGCAUAAUCAUGUAUGAGCUAGGUCACAGAUAGUUCCCUUUCACUUUUAGAAGGGAACCUUCUAAAUGGAGAUGGCAAUGGUCACUUGUAUUUAGCUGUGCUCAAACAGACUGUUGUCAUCUGCUUCUGCCACAGUAUUUAGAGAAAAUAAUUUUAUAGUGUUUUGUAUCUUCGAAUGAUGUACUGUCUACAAGAUCUUCUACAAUGUCAUUUUCUGAAGUGUAAAGAAAGGUGUGGUUUUCUGAGAAUUUGACAAAGCAAGCAUUGCUGUUCCAACAUAACAAUAGUCUUUGAAUCUAUUUUGUGGCCUUCGAGGAAUAAAUCAUGUUAGAUACAAGUACUUGACCUUUUAGACCUCUGGGCACAUAAAAUGUUCCUAUGUACUUUUAUUCUGUUUUCUACCAUCGAACUUUAGAGAACAAUGAACAGAGUUUGCUUCAGAUUCUCCUGCAAUUAUCUCUAAUAUCUCUCUUUCUU